AUGAACCUCGACCAACAUGAAAACGACGUCGUUUUCUCUCAACCUCUUCCUCCCAACGGCGAUGAAUUGUGUCCCCCUCUACCGGAAGAACUCAUCGUCGAGAUCCUCCUGAGACUUCCGGUAAGAUCCCUCCUUCAAUUCAAAUGCAUUUGCAAAUUUUGGAAAACCUUAAUUUCAGAUCCUAAAGUUGUAAAGCGUCAUCUUCAAUUUUCAAGCUCAAGUUUAAUCCACCAACGAUUGUUCUUUUCUCAGUUGAGUGAACCCCAAGAAAUCGUAUCUUAUCCUUUAAAGCCAUUAUUCGGAAAUUUAUUACCUCCGGUUACCUCCAACUGGGUGAUGAAGAACCCAUAUUAUAUUAUAGGUUCGUGCAAUGGGUUGUUGUGUUUGUAUAAUCGAUAUCAACAUUGUGUCAAAUUGCGCAACCCUUCUAUCAUGUUCAAAUCGGAUAAAUCUCCAAGAGCUGUUUCUCUUGAUUGGAUGAACAUUCAAUAUGGCUUUGGAUAUGAUCGAGUUAAUGAUAAGUAUAAAGUCCUACUUGGCCUGCGAAAUAAGAAUGAUCCAAAUCUAACUUUGACCAAAGUUUAUACCUUUGGUGAUGAUUCAUGGAAAACCAUUCAGAAUUUCGACCUUACACCCACUAGGCAGUUUAGUUUGUUAGGGAAAUUUGUGAGUGGCACUCUUAAUUGGAUUGCUAAAAAAAGAGGUGUAAGUUCUAAUCAAAGUGCGAUACUGAUACUUUCCUUUGAUCUGGAGAAAGACACUUAUAAGGAAUUGUUGUUGCCUCAAGAUGAUGGUGAGAAAGUGUAUGGACACACUCUCUAUGUUUUGAAUAAUUGUCUUGGUGUGUGUUAUGAGACUAACAAAACUCAUUGGGUUGUGUGGUUGAUGAAAGAGUAUGGAGUUGUUGAGUCAUGGACUAGAUUCAUGAUCAUCCCUCUUGAUAAGUCCAACAAGCAACCUGCCAUUGUUAUUCCGUUGUUUUUGUUAGAAAAUGGUGUUGUUCUUCUAGUGAACAAAUAUACUUCCCAAUUUGUCCUAUAUAACUUAAAUAGUGGUGAGUUGGACUAUUCAUUGGAUUAUUCAUCAAAAGGUAUCAGCAAUUUUAGGCACAAUCUCCAUAUUUGCUGCGAGAGUCUUGUGUCCAUCUGA